CCCAGUCUGGGUCUAGAAAUAGGAUAACAAGGGACUACACUUGUCGCGUUGAAUCCAGUAUAUAUAUAAUAAAGGUCAGUGGUCGAGUCCACUCACCCCGGCUCGGUGAGUCCAUUAUGAGCGAGUGUCGGCAGAGUGUAGUCCGUCGGUUGCUUGCAAGAUUGAAGAAAUUUAUGCUCGGCUAAAAUCGACAUGGCAGAUGAGUUUGAUAGAUUCUACUAUGUGUACAGUUGUGACCUGAAUGCCAGUGUGCAAAUCAAAGUUGGAACGCUUGAAGGAAAGAGAGAUAGACUGUCAUACAAGUCUCUCAUUGACGACCCCCAACUGCGGUUUUCUGGGCUAUAUGAGGACAGGUGCUCUGAUCUGUGUGUGACUUGCCAGGUGUUUGCUGAUGGAAAGCCCCUUACUCUGCCUACAAGUACUUCAUACAAAGCUUUUAUCACCAGGUGGAACUGGAAUGAAUGGCUGACACUCCCAGUGAAAUUCAAUGAUCUACCACGAACAGCUGUGCUUGUUUUCACUAUCUGGGAUGUGUAUGGGCCAAGAAAAGCCCUAAAAGUUGGAGGCACUACUGUUUCUCUCUUUGGAAAGCAUGGGACCUUUCGUCAAGGAAUGCAUGAUCUGAAAGUGUGGCCUGGCGUGAAGGGGGAUGGUAGUGUUCACACAGCCACACCUGGGAAAACUGAUGACAGCAGAGAACAAAUGUCUUCCCUGAGCAAGCUCACAAAGAAACAUCACAAAGGCCACAUGCUAAAAGUGGACUGGCUGGAUCGACUAACGUUUAGAGAGAUUGAAAUGAUCAAUGAGAGGGAAAAGAGGGACUCCAAUUUUAUGUACUUGAUGAUUGAAUUCCCGAAGGUACACUAUAAUGGCACUCAUGACUUCUCCAUUGUACACUAUGAUAAGGAUGCUGAGGAAAAAGUUAUAAUAAAGAACUAUGCUGACAUUGUUACUGUUCCUGAUCCUGAAAUGUUAAUGGAAAAUCUUGUUGAGGCCAAGCACCACACCCUUGCGAGAAGUGAAAGAAGCUGUCUAACUGACAAAGAUCUCAAGCCAAAUGCAUCAACAAGAGAUCAACUCAAUAGUAUAGUUGCCUACAAUCCAACAAAAGUACUGUCCUCUGAAGAGGCUGACCUUGUGUGGAAAUUCAGGUUCUACCUGACCAACCAGAAGCCCGCAUUGACAAAGUUCCUGAAGUGUGUUAACUGGGAUGUUCCCCAUGAGGCAAGACAAGCCCUUGAACUCCUGAGGAAAUGGAAUCCCAUUGAUGUUGCUGAUGCCUUAGAACUACUGUCGCCGCAGUUCAAGAACCCAACAGUCAGGAAGUAUGCUGUUAGCAGACUCAAAGAGGCUGAUGAUGAGGAACUGUUACUGUACCUUCUGCAACUUGUGCAAGCUUUGAAAUAUGAGAACUUUGAUGACAUUAAAGCUUCACAGGCACCAAGUACAGGUCAGACGGUCCUUUCUGGAUAUGCAGAAUCCUCUGUCCAAAAAGAAAGUUCUAAAGGCAUACAUGUACUGCCACAUCCUCUUGCUGAAAGUCCUGAUGUUCCCACUUCAAUAGCUGUGCAACCAGCAAUCUUGUCUCAAGAUGGACAUGCUAAAAGGAAAGAUGAGGAAAUGGACCUAGCAACCUUUCUAAUUGAUCGAGCCUGCCACAACUACUCGCUAGCAAACUAUUUGUACUGGUAUUUACUAGUUGAGUCCGAUGACCAAGACACUGUAGACACCAGGGUGACUCAGAUGUACCAGAUGGUGCUGAAACGAUUCAAUGUGGCAUUAAUCAGGGAAGGGAAUGAAGGACUGAAGUAUCGGACUCUGUUGAUAAGACAACAUGGGCUGACCAACCAAAUACUGAAACUCAUGAAGCAAGUUGCAAGAGAGAGUAGUAACAGAAAGAAAAAGAUUGAACGUUUGCAGCUUCUUCUCAGUGAUUCAGAGAGCACCAGCUUCAGCUUUGUUGCUUUCGAUCCUUUGCCAUUGCCUCUGCACCCUGAGAUAAAGGUUAAUGGAACUGUAGCCAAGAAAGCAUCCAUCUUCAAGAGUGCAUUGAUGCCCAGUAAGCUGACAUUCAAGACAGUGGAUGGAGCAGAGUACACAAUGAUCUGUAAGAGUGGUGAUGAUUUGAGGCAAGACCAACUCAUACUUCAAAUGAUAACACUUAUGGAUAAGCUUCUGCGUCAAGAAAACCUUGAUUUGAAAUUAACACCAUACAGAGUCUUAGCAACAAGCAGCAAAAGUGGCUUGCUUCAGUUCAUUGAGUCAAUCCCUGUAGCAGACGUCUUGUCAAAUGAGGGCAACAUACAGAAUUUCUUCCGGAAGUGCAGCCCAGCUGAUAACAAUGCUGUGUAUGGUAUAAGCCAAGAUGUAAUGGAUACAUACGUGAAGAGUUGUGCUGGAUACUGUGUUAUCACUUACCUCUUGGGAGUUGGUGACCGUCAUCUGGAUAACCUUCUCCUUACCAAGAAUGGCAAGCUGUUUCAUGUUGACUUUGGUUACAUUCUUGGGAGGGACCCAAAGCCUCUUCCGCCACCGAUGAAGCUUAGCAAGGAGAUGGUUGAGGGCAUGGGCGGAGCUUCUAGUGAGCAGUAUCAAGAUUUCCGGAAACUCUGCUACACAGCAUUUCUUCACUUGCGGAGACAUUCCAACCUGAUACUCAACCUGUUUUCAUUGAUGGUCGAUGCCAAUGUGCCAGAUAUUGCUUUAGAGCCUGACAAAACAGUGAAGAAGCUUCAAGAUAAAUUUCGGCUUGACUUGACUGAUGAGGAAGCAGUUCAGUACAUGCAGAACCUGAUUGAUGUCAGUGUAGGUGCUGUUUUUGCUGCUGUUGUGGAACAGUUCCACAAAUUUGCCCAGUAUUGGAGGAGAUAAGUGCUGCAGUGGAUGUCUCUGAUGGCGCUGUUGCAUCACAAUUACUGAAUUCGUCAACUAUAAGUGGCGAGAAAUGACGUCUACAUGUGCUCUGGUACAACAUGUCUUAUGUUCAAAUUCCAUUUGAGGGUGCUGUAUAAGUGUAUCUGUAUCAAGGAAGAGAAAUAAAGGGAAGUUUGUGCAAUUGUACCUAAAUUCUGUACCAAUUUUAAAAAGUAUCAAGAAUUAUAUAAAUAUUAAAAAAUGGAUGAAGUUAUGGGUUCAAUUUGACUGGUUUUAGUCAGCUACUUAUCCUUUCUUUCUGGAAUUUCGGGAAAACUGACAGUUCGGUAUCAGCACAAACAAUGUGAUGCAACCUACAGAAAUUUGUUAAUAGCAUGGGUCGGAUGUGGAGGAUUUAUUCGUGGGAAAUGUUCAAGUUUCAGUAUAUUUGUUUCCUAAACCCUGAGGCUUCUUGAGCAUUCUUCUGUAUAUUCGUCAAAGGGCUUUUCCAGUCACACAGGCUCUAUGAGAACUAUAAACACUUAACUAAAGAUAGAACUUCAUACAUUGAAAAAGUACAAGAAUUUUGAGCAGGAUAAUUACCAUUCUAUCAGAAAUCGACCAAUUACCGUCCAAAUUACCCCAUUCUCAAUUUAUUCAAAAUCAUUUUUGACUGCAUUUCCAUGUUACAGAUGUCAUCACUAUUUGCCCACACAGCUAUUGUUGGUGAUGGUUCCUGGAGAGUGUGCAUUUGUGGCCAAGGGUGUUGCCAUUUGGGGGGGGGUACUCAUCACUUUCAAACUGAUACACCAUUGACAGUGGAAAGGCAUCAUUUCCAAUUAUUUUCAAGCAAAUUGGUUUUUUUUUCAUCACUAUUACUCCUGUUUUAGUGUGUCUCACUUUUUUGUGGGGUAUCCCUUUGCCCCUAUCCCUUGCAGCUCCCCAGUUUAUGUCCCAUCAUUAAAUUUUCAACUGAGGGGCAUUUCCAUACAAAACUUAAAGAAUAAUUAUACAAUGCUGAAGUUCACAGUUAUUUUGAGUAACCUUUUCUGACUUCACAAACGAUGUUAGAAUACUGCUACAUUUGUUCUCCAUUAGUUACCAGCGAAAUAGACAUUGAGCAUUUUAUAAAAGUACAUGUAGUGAUGGAGGCCUAUUGAGUUCAUGUAAAUAAUUGAAAAUGUAGGGUGGUUUUCAUUAUAAAUCGGAGAUUGAGGUUUUCAUUUUUUUUUCCUGGCUGUGAUUGACCAGAAUGUGAAUUGCAUGAAUGGAGAACGUGUUGUUUGAUGACUUACACAUAAUGAAAUACUUUAAUGAUUUAUAAUCUCCUAGAUAAACAGCGUGCAGUCAAACGGUCGAUGUUUCAUAUUUCUUCAGUGAAGUAUUUUCAUUAGGCCGCUAAGCUAAGGGCUGUAUUUUUACACCUUCCAUCUUCAACAACAGCAAUAAUUAAAGGAUAGCCUACUGCAUUUCAUUUCGAACUUAAACAAAAUACAGUAACACCCAUUUAAGACAGGCGUUCUAGAGUCACGCAAAACCAAAUUGAAAGUAAAUUUUGAAUUAAUUACGGUAAAAGUUCGACGUCUGAAACAGGAGCGACCAGACGUGCUAACUAGAUCGACACUUUGAGGCGCUUGGAACGACACCAGAGCGACUUGGUUUUGGACGUCGCUCUUUACAUGGGCCAAACCCAAUGCAAAUGUACAGUAUUCAGUUCGUCUGUCUGAAACCAAAAUUUAAUUGGGUGGACCCGAGUCACUCUUAAUUCUGUUUGGUUUGGCGCGACCCCAGAACGCCUGUCUGAAACGGGUGUAGCCCCUUAAAAGGAGAAAAGAAUAAUAAACUUUAAAGAUAGAAUCUUGUAAAAGAAACUUAAAUUCAAGUUAAAAGAAAUUUCGGCACUAUUAUCCCAGACUGUUUUAGGACGCCUUUAUGGUUUGGUUUCAUCCAUAUUUUGGAAGCUUGGCUUAUGAAAGCGAAGUAUAGAAAGUAUUAAAAAGAAAAGCAUUGUUCGUCGGAUGAAUUCGCCGUAGUUCAUUUGGUCAUUGUUGAUGGCCAGAACUUGACAAACGUAAGAUCUGUGAUCUUUUUUUCACUGUGUCAUUUUUCAGCAUGGAGAGACAAGACUUGUGUUGAGGUAUUUAGUUUGAAUGAGACCUUGAAGAAAUUAAAAGAGCUCGCAAAAAAUGUGUUU